AUGUACGAAGGCACACCGCCGGAGAGAGCAUACUCUGUACAUAUUUCUCGGAAUCGCUUCUUGUGGACCACCCAUAAAGAGGCUUCCAGGAAAUCGGUUGGAUCUCGGAAGAAUGAAUUAUUUUGUGCUCCACGAACUGCUUCUCGAGGAAAGUUGAAGCGUACGAAAGACUUUGGAUACGAUGAUACAGGUAUUAGUUCCAAAGUGAUCAAUAACAUUGUCUCCAGUUGGUGCCCACACCUAUCUGCCGUUGACCCACGACUUCAGCCGCUAUAUCUUGGCCGCCCAACGGGGGGAUGA